AUGACAAGUUACCACCCUCCUAAAAAGCAACGCCGGAUAGAGGAAAAGCUGAUUGCUGCAGGAAAACUUAACUUUACCAGGUUAACAUCUGUCGACAAACUCACAGCAAAAUUUGAGAUGGAAAUUCAUGUCUUAGAAAAGACAGUGAUUGUAGAUGAUGGGUCUGAGAAAAAGGUGUACUCCACGUGUGUGUUUGAAAAUACAAAACGUUACGAUUGCAACAUUUGCAUCACGUCUGUUUACGGAAAGACCUCGCUGAUUCGCCAUAAUAGAAGCAGGAAACACUAUGAAAUGAUGCAAAGGAAAACACAUCCUCAUGAAAAUUUUGAUGACAAAAGAGAUAUGAAAAUAGUUAGAGAUGUGAAGGAGUGUUAUUUCGUGAAAGACCUUCUAGAAGAGUGUCGGUACUUGAACAUCAAUCUCGUGUUGAUUGGACUGGAGUAUCUGGUGGAGGUGUUGGAUCCUCGUGGGCCGUACUACAUCUGUCUGCUGUGUAACAAGGAGGGUGAAGAGAUCGAAGCAACUAUCAACCAUCUGGAGGGAUAUGAGCACAGGAUGCUGUACAUGCUGCUAUACUUCCCAAAAGUAUACAAGAAGCUUUCACUUCUACAGAAGGAAAUUUGGCAGGUGCAACUGAACAUUGUUGUUCAGAAAAUUGAGAAAAAGUUGGGUCGGUUGAAGCCCUGGCGCCAUGAUGGACCUUUGUCCUUAAAGCAGAAGAAAGCUAUUCGUUAUGCAAUAGAUAAGGGCCCUCAUCUGAGGGACUUAGGUCUGAGUUUUUCCGGAGAUAUUGUAUUUAACGAAGACGUAAAGGACCCAAUGAGUAAGUUGAAUUUGUAG